AUGAACCACGAUCACGAUGUCAAACAUGGAGAAGUGCGCCGCUCGUUUGAGGAAGGUGUCGGACAGCAGUCUGGAUUUCGCAAGACAGUGGAGCAAACGCUGUCUAUCUUUCUGCCCUCGCACGCCAGGCGCAACAAGGUCGACCUUUCCUCCGUCAAUCCUCUUCGGGGGCAUGUCGAUAGUAAAGCACUGCCGGAGCCAUCAAUCGUCGCUUUCAGGCACAACACAGGCUUGCGCAGUCUCCUAGUCGAAUACCUCGAGAAGGUUGAGCCCUACCUUCAGGAAAGAUCCGACAAAACAAGAGUCCUAGCUGCCCUCGAGUCUGUCUUCAAUGAUCACGCCCUAAAACUCCUGGAAGAGACCGGCAACGAUGUCUCUGCCGUCGCGAGCUGGGCAUGGGUGUUCGCCUCGCCAUAUCUGGAUCUGGCGUUUGCUAGAUAUGUUGCCCUGGCUACAGAGACGCGCCAGUCUGGGCCUGGGCGGAUUCCCAAAUUUGUGCCUUUACAACUUCUACGUGCCGAAGAAGUUAGCGCCCCAUCUCUCAAGGCAUUCAUAAAGAGUAUCCUGGAGGACCUGGAACUAUGUUUGGGUGCGAAAGAAUACCUUGGCUGGAAUUGGGUGACGCGAGUGUGCUUGGUAGUUCGACUUCUUCGGCAUGCGCGGCAGGUUGCACCCGAAUCGUUCGAGGAUAUCAGCCUCAUCAUCAAGCACCUCUUUUCCGACUACUAUGCUGUCCACCCUCGAGGGCUUGAGGAAUCCGAGCUGCAACGACUGUCUCACAUCUUCAACCGCUUUUUGUCGCUAAUAUCCUUCGCGCCUUUGAGAACACCGUUCAACGCGUAUCUCUUUCAGCAAAAUGCACAACUGGUCAUAGUUCGCAUGAUGUUUGCCUUCAAGCCACAAAUACCCGUAACCCGAGAGGGCUACCGUGCGUUGGUCGCUGUCCAGCUUCUGCAUCGCAAGACCACGCACGAACGCACAUGGGCCAAAGCAAAAUCCUUGUCGUGGCCUCCGUGGCGGCAAAUCAGUAUGGGAAUCGAACAGGACCUUGAAUACCCGGGUAAAGAGAGCCGGGUCAUGAAAUUGCUACGACGGAUGCAAGAGGCCGGGUACACGCUCGGUGACUGGGAGAAAAGUGCUGCUGUUCUGGCUGGAUGGGAUACAGAUCGUAGCCCUACCAUUCAAACGCGGGCAAUCCUAAUGCGGCAACGGCGUCCCUGGCUCCUGCACCAGCGGAAGCAGGUCAGCGAUAAGACCGCAUGCACAGAUGCACCUGAAGUGUGGGCGGCACGCAUCCAAGCUACAAGAACAAUUCGAGAGGCAUGGGCCUGCUUUCGCUCUUAUGACCUGGCCGUUGGAACCUCUCAGCCGCAUUAUCGGCCGUACUUCGCCAUGUUGGAGAAGCUGCUUGCGUCCAUAGUUCGGCCGGCAUCCUCCCAAGCAUGGAAAUACAUGCCAGGCGAUAUCAAGGAGGCCUUUGAAGUUUCAGGGAACCCUCGGGAAGUGGUCUACGUUGACGCCGAAGUUCCGUCUGCGGACGAGUUUUACCAGGCCAUGUUACGCGCUGGCAUCAAACCUGGGGGUAGUCUCAUGGCAAGUUUGCUGAAACAGAGUCCUAGUGCCGAGGCUGGGUUCACCUUUAUUCAGGACAGCGGCUGGGACGAGGUCACCAAAGACGUCCUUCGGCAUGCUGAAAAAUAUCCUGUGCCCGUCAUUCGCCACAGUCUCCAGAGGCUUCCGCCGUCUACCUUGGCUGCCUUCGUUUCGCUCCUUUGUAGGAGUGGACCAGAGGAUACACUGGUCUUUCGGAAUAUCGGCUACCAAGGCGCCAAGACAGGAGGACUAGUCAGCAGAGAUGGCGUCGACGUCCCUGCGAUGACAUACGCAUCGCACCUGGUGGCCACAGCAGGGAUCACCGAUAUUCGCGUGUGGAACGCACUACUCGAUGGAGCGUCUGUUGGCGUAGCCAAGUAUCUCAAUGCCAAGGGCAUGGCAUUCAGAAGCGCCGUGUGGCGACGCCUCAAAUUGAUUCUCUGGCCUGAACAAACGUACUUCAGCCUCCAAGCCGAUUUGGACACUUUCCGGUUUCAGGCCAAGAUAUUGCACCAGAUGCUGAGAUACGUGAACGCGCGAAUAGAUCCCAACGACAUUGGGUCGCUCGCCAGGACGACAUUUGUUCGCGCAUUAUACGGUCGCACUUCGAAGACCUUCCUUCCUUCACCCCAGCAGCCUCUUCUUGUCAUGCCCAAGGUUGACGAUGUAAUGCUUAUGGUGAGGGUAUUGGUGUCUGUUCAUGAUGUCCAGGGACUGGUUGCUCUGGUGAAAUGGAUCGACGAGCAUGCAGGUGUAUUGGGGGAAAUGCAUGGGGGGUCACAAUCCGAUGCUCAUGACGCCGUAGCCCGAGGCCACGAUGGCAUGCAGUAUUCACUGCGCGAUGUGCUUUCCGCGAUCCGGCUCUUCCUGGGAGGGGCGGUAAACCUUUUGGAUGGUGCAGAAGACCCUGCACGCUUUGUCUCGCCUCUACCUUAUGAGCCACACCUGAUCCGAGAAGCAGAGCGACACUGUCAGAAACUUGGAUGGCCGUCAGAUGACGAGGUUAUUGCGUUUUCCGCUCACAAUACUGCCUGGGUGGACAUAGUUAGACGCGCAGCAGACAGUAUGGCGCAGAGGAAAGCAGGUAGCAGAACAAUAUGA